AGGGUAUUUUCGUCAUAUCAUAAACCAAAAAUGAAAUGUGGAGCCUACACCUCACCUCAGAUUCCGUCAGCUUCCCUCCCCUCUGGCAAUUAACGCCAGCCUGUACUUAGCUGUCAUCCACCCCUGUUUUCGCAACUAAACUCAAACAUUUAUGUCAUUAAUCUCUUCCCAAACCCAAACCCUAUUCAUGUACACAUAAAUUGUGUUUUUCUAUAAAAUUCAGAGACAUGAGAAAAGCAACACGAAGACAGUGUUCAGCAUAUUGCCAUUUACACUUUUCCAAGCCGCUUUCCCUUCACGUUUUUCCAUGUAACCUCUUCUUACAUCUCUAUAUAUUCAAAACUGUGGGUUUUUGAAGAGGAAGGGCGAGUGCAAAAGAAAAUGGACCCUUGCCCUUUCGUACGACUUACCGUAGGCAAUCUUGCGUUAAAAAUUCCGGUUGCGUCUAAACCGGCUCGGUCCGUUGUUCACCCUUCUUCGUCGCCGUGUUUUUGUAAGAUUAAGCUUAAGAAUUUUCCUUUACAAACCGCCGUUGUUCCCUACAUUCCGCCGGAGAAUCAGUUCCCUGACAACCAGCUCCAAACCCUAUCCGCUACUUUCCACCUCAGCAAAGACGAUAUCAACAAACUCGCAGCGAAAUCGAUCUUUUCUGCCAAGCUUUGUCUCAAGAUAGCUAUCUAUACAGGCCGGAGAGGCACUACUUGCGGGGUUAACUCGGGCCGUCUGCUAGGGAACGUGUCGGUGCCGUUGGAUCUGGCUGGAACUGAAUCUAGGGCUUGCGUGUUCCACAAUGGCUGGAUUUCGGUUGGGAAAGAAGCUAAUAAAGGUUCCUCUGCACAGUUUCACUUGAAUGUUAAAGCGGAACCCGACCCGAGAUUCGUUUUCCAGUUUGAUGGCGAACCCGAAUGUAGUCCUCAAGUGUUUCUGAUCCGAGGAAAUAUCCGCCAACCUGUUUUCACUUGCAAAUUCAGUUUUAGAAAUACCGGUGAUCGGAAUCAGAGAUCCAGGUCGUUACAGUCGGAGGCUAGUAGCUCUCGUAGUUGGUUAAGCUCGUUUGGAAGCGAAAGGGAAAGGCCAGGAAAGGAACGAAAAGGAUGGUCAAUAACGGUCCACGACUUAUCCGGCUCACCUGUAGCUGCCGCUUCAAUGGUUACUCCUUUCGUGGCUUCACCAGGUUCGGACCGAGUAAGUCGUUCUAAUCCUGGAUCAUGGCUUAUUCUCCGUCCAGGAGAUGGCACCUGGAAACCCUGGGGCCGUCUCGAGGCUUGGCGCGAACGUGGCUCCUCUGAUGGACUUGGUUACCGUUUUGAACUCAUUCCUGAUAUGAGCUCGGCGGCUAUUGUUCUAGCCGAGUCAACACUGAACUCGGGUAAGGGAGGGAAGUUCGUUAUUGACCUAGGGUGCGGAAGCAGCGGCGGAUGUUCCAACGGACGGGCAACGCCGGGGAGUGCGACGUCGCCGGCGUGUAGUCCGAGGAGUAGUGGGGAUUUCGGGUACGGAUUAUGGCCGUUUUGCGUGUACAGAGGGUUUGUAAUGUCGGCUCGCGUGGAAGGGGAAGGCAAGUGUAGCAAGCCUUGUGUGGAGGUGAGUGUGCAACAUGUGAACUGUACGGAGGAUGCAGCUGCUUUCGUGGCUUUAGCCGCUGCUGUGGAUUUGAGUAUGGAUGCUUGCAUGCUUUUCUCUCAACGGUUAAGAAAAGAGCUCUGUAACCACCAGGAUUUACUUGGCUGAUUCGGAUUUUCCCAGCUUUUUUUUUGCUUUUUUUAAAUUUUCCUGAGUGGAUGGGUUUUAGGUUCCAUCGUGGAGAGCGAGAGUUUCUUUGAUUUACUUUUUUACCACUGACAAACAAUCUAAAAACUUUGUACAGUAGAGAAUGAAGGGAAUGGAAGGAAUGGUGAGAUUUUCAUAUUAGACACGCACGCUUUGUUCUUACCCGUGUGGCUUGUGUUGUUUUUCUUUUUCUUCUUUUAUGGGUAGAGAAAAGGGUUUUUCUUUUUUUUUUUUUUGAUAUAUUGUAGUCAAGCUGACUUAUUUUUAAUAUAUAGUAAUUAUAAUUAUUACUUACUAUUUUCUAUUUGAAUUAGAUUGUAAGGAUUGAUGAGCUGUUGUAAUGCCAUGGUUUGUCUGUUUAUAGUAGGCACAUUUCUGAUUAUCUUUGCUCCAGGUACUUAAAUAAGUAAGAUCAAAGGAUGUUUAUUUGUUUUUGGAUAUCGUGUCAAGGACGAACAAGUGGAGGGACGUUGGGGAAUGGGCAACGGAUGUGCGUGUACGUUACUGCUGCGUACUGGAGAUAUAUUUAUUUGAAGAAUUGUUUUAUGGAUGCAUGAUAGCUGUAAUCUGCUUUCAUUAGUAGGCAGAGAGAGAGAGACAGCAUACUUUGCAAAGGAUCAUAGUUUUUGUACGACUUAAUUCGUUUUUUAGUGCCAUUAAUUAUGUUUUGUUAUGACUUAAUUCGUCUAUUAGUGCCAUUAAUUAUUCAAAAGAAGAUAAUUAGCCGACUUCCAAAAGUUUUUAGCUAACAAAGGAUUCCAAUGAAUUUGUAUGCAGCAAUGGGUCGGUAGUU